AUGCAAGACGACCGAGAGCGUCCCCUAGCAUAUGCCUCCCUUCCUGCAACACCAAUAUCCUCAACUCCUCGGCCACAGACUCCACCGCCACGUAUACCGGCCCCGAACUUUCGAACCGAACACGAGUUCGUGCAGCCUCCACCACUAAAGCGCGAUGGGCAUGUAUCGCAAAAGGACGCCCCGCCAUUUUCGAUAUGGGACUAUCUUCGCGAAGAGCUGCUCGCAACAGACUUUGACUCACACCAGGAGCUCAAAUGGGAGCGUGUGAGCAACUUCCUGAGCAUGCCGCCUGCGAUCGAGAAGAUCAUGCUCUUUGGCUUUGUAGUCUGUCUCGACUCUUUCUUGUACACCUUCACAAUCCUUCCCAUCCGCUUCGUCCUUGCUUUUAGCCGUCUCCUCAUUAACACCAUCACGCCGUCUGCCCCGCCCUUGCCCCCAUCGCAGAAGGCCGAUAUUCUCCGUGCUCUACUACUGGUUGCCUCAAUCAUAAUCCUCGCGCCUCUCACAGACGCGAGCAUGAUCUAUCACAGCAUUCGCGGCCAAGAUACCAUCAAACUGUAUGUCAUCUUCAACGCACUCGAAAUUGCAGACAGGCUGUGCGGCUCGAUAGGCCAGGACAUCAUUGAUUGCCUGUUUUCGCGCUCGACACUGCAAGUCAUUUCGCACCGCAAGCGGCCAACCUCCGAGACGUUGAAACCUUUCUUCUACUUUGUUCUCGCCCUUGUAUACACUGUCUCGCAUACCCUAGUGAUGGUCUACCAAAUGAUCUCGCUGAACGUUGCUGUGAACUCGUAUGACCAUGCACUUCUCACUCUGCUGGUCUCAAACCAGUUUGUCGAGAUCAAAGGUUGCGUGUUCAAAAAGUUCGAGAAGGACAGCCUGUUCCAGAUAACAUGCGCAGACAUCGUCGAGCGUUUCACCCUCGCACUUAUGCUUGUCGUGGUGGCCUUCCGGAAUCUAAUCGAGCUAAGCGGGUCAUCUUUCAACUUCAAUGAAGGCUUCGCGCUCCCGAAAAGCUUUGGCUGGUUCCGCGGAAACAACGUCAUAUGGACGAUCUCUUACCCCGUUAUGACGGUUAUGAUCUCCGAAAUGCUCGUGGACUGGCUAAAACACGCAUUUAUCACCAAGUUCAACCAUAUCCGACCAAGCGUUUACGAGCGCUACACUGAUGUGCUAUGCCGUGACUUGGCCAGUGCAAGCGGUGUCAGCAGACGUGGGGCCGCGAGGAAGCAUACCUACGUCGAUCAGUCCCCGCUGGUCGCGCGGCGGUUGGGCUUCGCAUCACUGCCUCUUGCGGUGCUUGCCAUCCUCGUCGGCAGCCAGUCGUUCAUUCUGCUCGUCUCCAUGCACGCCGACGACACGUCGCCCCUGUUCUCGCUCGCCUCGAUGCUCAGCUCGCCCUCCUCCACCUUUUUCGCGUUCGCCUCCUCCAUCUCCGCCUUUUCGAGCACGCUCCUCACGCUCCUCUCCUCCCCCGCGUCCAUCCCGCCCGCGCUGCAAGCCGGCCUGCACCGCGCCCUCGCGGCGCUCUCCACGCACGACGCGAUCAACAUCCUCAAGUGGUCCGCGCUCGCGGCGCUCUUCUGGCUCACGUCCGUACUCGUGAAGAUCAUGCUCGGCGUGAACCUGCUCAGCUACGCGACGCGGCGGCGCGCGGGCAUGGACGGGCGCGCCGAGGCCGACAGGGUCAACGACUUUGGGCGCGACCCGAUCGGCGAGGGGCGCGAGGAGCAGCGGUACAACAGGGAGCUCAAGACGCUCUUGGCGGACCAGCGCGACGACGCUGUGCCUGUGGCGGAGAUUGGGGAGCGCAAGGAGGGCGAGAGGAAGGGAGGGAAGGAGGGCAAAGAGGGCGGCGGCGGUGGCGGGAAGAAGAGGCUGCCUCUGGAGGAGAUCACAAGGUACACUAUGGUCAAGAGGAUUUGGUGA